AUGGCCACGGUCGUCAAGGACGCAGCCGAGGCUGUGCGCUCUCGCCUGAAUGCCGUCCUGGCAGGAGUUGGGGAGGCCCCGAGCACCCUGAUCAGCUCCUCCCCCGAGUGGAAAGCGCUGGAGGCGCACGCGGUGGCCGUCCAGAAGCUGCAUCUCAAGGAUCUGCUCAGUGACGAUGCGCGGACCACCGCCCUGACCCGGGAGGCCGAGGGCCUGUACCUGGACCUUGCCCGCCAGAAUGCAACCCCUGAAACGCUGCAGCUGCUCCUGGCGCUGGCAGAGAAGGCGGGUGUGAAGACCAAGAUCGAUGCCAUGUUUGCGGGGCAGCACAUCAACACCACGGAGGACCGGGCUGUGCUGCAUGUUGCCCUCCGCGCCAAGCGCAAUCAGGUGAUCACCGAUGCCGGCAAAAAUGUGGUGCCCGAGGUCUGGGAGGUCCUGGACAAGAUCAAGGCGUUCUCUGAGCGGGUGAGGUCUGGGGAGUGGAAGGGUGUGACGGGCAAGCCCAUCGACACCGUCGUCUCCAUCGGUAUCGGCGGCUCCGCUCUGGGUCCCCUCUUUGUCCACACCGCCCUCGCCACGGCCCCCGAGGCCGCCGCUCAGGCGGGCGGCCGCAAGCUGGUCUUCCUGGCCAACGUCGACCCAGUGGACGCGGUGCGCAGCCUUGGCGACCUGAACCCGGAAACCACGCUGGCCAUCGUGGUGUCCAAGACCUUCACCACCGCAGAAACCAUGGCCUGGCUGACGGCCGCGCUUGGUCAGGAGGCGGUGGCCAAGCACAUGGUGGCCGUGUCCACCAACCUGCCGGCCGUCGGUGCCUUUGGCAUCGACGCCGCCAACACCUUUGGCUUCUGGGACUGGGUGGGCGGCCGCUACUCGGUCUCCUCCGCCGUCGGCGUGCUGCCACUCAGCCUGCAGUACGGCUUCGGGGUCGUGCGCUCCUUCUUGGACGGCAUGCAGACCAUGGACGAGCACUACCGCACCGCGCCGCCCUCCAGCAACCUGCCCCUGCUCCAGGGCCUGUUCAACGUGUGGAACGCCACCUUCCUGGGCCACCCCACCACCGCCAUCCUGCCCUACCAGCAGUCGCUGGCGCACUUUGCACCCCACGUGCAGCAGCUGUCCAUGGAGUCCAACGGCAAGGGCGUGUCGCUGGACGGCACGACGCUUAACUUCGGCGCGGGCGAGAUCGAUUUUGGGGAGCCGGGGACCAAUGGCCAGCACUCCUUCUACCAGCUGAUCCACCAGGGGAGGGUCAUCCCCGCCGAGUUCAUUGCCAUCGCUACCAGCCAGCAGGAUGUCUACCUGGAGGGCGAGAAGGUGUCGAGCCACGAGGAGCUGAUGUGCAACUUCUUCGCCCAGCCCGACGCGCUGGCCCUGGGCAAGGAUGCCGCGACCCUGGCGGGCGAGGGGGCGCUGGCCAACAAGGUGCGCGCCAGCCUCGCCGCCGCGCGCUCCAAUGGCAACGCCCUGCGCGCCGACGAGGGCUUCAACUCGAGCACCGCGGCGCUGCUCGGCCGCUUCCUGAAGCAGUACCAGCCCAAGGGGCCUUCGGAUGGCGCCCCCGCUCUGCCCUCCGCGUUGCAGUCGGCCUGA